CAUAUUUUAUUAGUGACAGGUUUAAAAGCCUCCGUUAUUGUGGGAAACAACAGAAACCACUUGAUCUCGUUAAGCAACUGGUUAGCACCUGUGGCUAAAGGCGUUUAUUCUCUCUGGAAGCGCUGUUGGCGUGCAUCUGUGGAUGGCUGGGCUGCAAGUACAUUUCAUUCACGAUGUGAUGGCAAGGGACCGACUGUAACAAUAAUAAGGGUUGGAAAAUAUAUUUUCGGAGGAUACAUCAGUAUUUCAUGGGGUAAGUUAACAUUACAAAAAGAGAUUAUUUUACUACUAACGGCUACUAGCUUUAGUUUAAGACUUAAAAUUUGAUCCCGAUCGUUACAGUUAUUUACCUCCGUCAAAACUACCAAUUCCUAAAAUAAUGAUUGUAAUGGUCUGUAAGACUGAAAUUACAGAACAUUUCUGUACCAAUAGUUUUCACUUUUGAAACAAAGCGAUCGAACAUGCUCCAUCAACUAGUUUGAUAAGAAAGCCUUUUUUUAAAACUAGAGUUUAAGAGUUUUCAAACAAAAACUACAAUCUUUAUAGCAAAAAAGGGUGUAAUUGGCGUCUAACUGAAAUUACCAUUAGUAGAACGUCCGUUGUGUUUAGUUAAAGAUAAUGAAUGAUGUAAAGAUAUUUUCUGGAAGGAAAAAUUUCGAUUAAUCUACACGAAAUUUUUCAAUUAAAAUAAUGAUCGAAAAUAUUUCCGUUUAUAGACUUGAUAGGUUUGCUCUGACCGUUAAUUAUUUAGUUUUGUUUGCUUGUUGGUUUGUUUGUUUUUUGCAUUUGAUUUUGGUUUUAGUACUAGUUUUGGUACUAGUCUUGUCCUAUUAACAACUACAAAGUAAAAUAAAUAACACAUAUCAGACUCUUAUUUGUUUCAAAUUAGGAAACUUGUUUCCAGGUUUGUCUUCAGUGUCAAUGCACUUGACGGGUGGUUUAAUUUCUAAAGUGAGUAUCAGAACAAACGGCGCUAAUUACACUUGGUUGCAUCGUUAAUUUCUCUCUGAUAGCUUCCAGCGGUGGCGCGCAGUACGACUCCAAAGCAUUUUUGUUUUCACUGGUGAACAAACCAGGAUGGGCACCUGUUAAACUGCCUCAGACAGGGAAAUAUAGUUCAAGAAGAUAUUCAAUAUACCGUGGCUCAUCUGAUGGCCCUACAUUUGGAGUAGGACAUGACAUUUACAUUUCCAACUACGCGUCAUCCAAUAGCGUUUCUCUCAGCGACCUUGGCGGUACUUACGGCCCACCGAGCAGGUACAGCUACCGAAGCACCUUCGCCCGAACAUUCCUGGCAGGAUCGUAA